GAGGGGGGGGGGGGGCUGCUAGAAAAGAACAAAAUAAAAAUUCCUGGAAAUUUAUUGUUCGAUUUUGAAAAAUAACCAUUAAUUUCAGACGUCAUAAUUGAACGAUUCCUUUACUGAGCUGUCCCAAAAAUCAGCUCAAUUACUCAAAAUCAUAAUUACACCCAAUUAGCUUAAAUCUAAUCUUUAAUAUUCCCUUCAAGUGGAUUAAACUUUGUUGAGUAGACCUGAAUUUUAACUAAUUCUGAUAAGACACCACUUGAGAAAUGAUAGCUUGGUACAAUCAACUCCAAUUAUAUAUUAUCAGUUGACAAUUUUACCUCCUGGAUGUGUGUCAGCUGUUGUUUAGAUCCAAAAUAAUAAUUUUUUUUUUCAUUAUUUAUUGUGCAAUUUGUUUUGAUUUAUUGAAGAUAUAAAGGUUUAAAAUAGGAAUUUCGUUCAAAAAUAUUGCUUUUUCUCAAAGUUUAAAGUACUUUCGUAGGCACAUUAAAAUAAUUCUUUAAAGGUUGCAAAAUAUUGUCUUAAAAUAAAGUGAAAUAGAAGAUAAGAGACAUGAUCAAGACUAUGGGAAGAUGCUUCUGCAACAUUCCAGUACGUUACAUAUUAGUCAUAAUGGGAGGAUUUGCACUGAUUAAUGCCUACACGAUGAGGAAUGUUUUGAGCAUCGCCAUAACUGAAAUGACUUAUCGAGAGGCCGAAAAUGGUACAAAAAUUUAUGACAACACAUGUCCUGCAACCAGUGAAAAGUACACAAAAGGACGAGAUGGAUAUGUGUGGUCGGAGCAGUUGCAAGGAGUCAUUUUAGGAGCUUUUUAUUGGGGUUAUACAAUUCUUCAUAUACCUGGUGCAAUACUCGCAGCUAAGUAUGGUGGAAAAUACACAUUAUCUAUUGGAAUUUUAUCAACGGCAAUUUUGACCUUACUAACACCAAUCACUAUUCAAUACGGUGGAGCUUAUUGGCUUAUUGCAUUAAGAAUUUUAGAAGGUUUUGGUGAAGGAACAACAUUUCCAGCCCUGAACACUCUUUUGUCUGCUUGGAUUCCACAAAAAGAGCGCUCAAAAGCAACGGCUAUUGUAUUUGGUGGAGCUCAGAUGGGUAACAUAAUAACGAACUCAGUUUCUGGUGUGCUACUUGGAUAUUUUGAUGGAUGGUCAGCUCCAUUUUAUUUCUUUGGGGGUGCAGCUGUAAUUUGGUUUAUUGUUUUUGAGUUCUUAUGCUACAAUGACCCACAAUCACAUCCAUUUAUUACAAAUAGUGAGAAAGAAUAUUUGCAAGCAGAGCUGAAUCAAUUAUCUAGAGACAAAACAAUCAACAAGACACCAUGGUGGGCAAUUUGUACCAGCGUGCCAAUGAUUACAUUAAUCAUCGCACAAAUCGGACAUAGCGUUGGAUAUUUUGUCGUCGUCACAGACCUUCCAAAAUAUAUGGCUGAUGUUCUCAAAUUCGACAUAAAAGAGAAUGGCUUUUACUCAACACUUCCAUACAUUUCUAUGUGGGUUAUGUCAAUAGUGUUUGCAACACUUAGUGAUUGGAUGCUCGCAAAGAAAUUAAUCAGCCUGACUGCUUCGAGGAAGCUUUUUACAUCCAUUUCAUUCACAAUUCCUGGAAUAUUUUUGAUUAUUGCAUCGUUCAGUGGAUGUAAUCGUGUAAUGGCUGUGAUUAUGUUUACAAUCGCUAUGGGCUUUAUGAGUGCUUUUUACUCAGGAAUUAAAGCAAACAAUUUAGAUUUGAGUCCGAAUUUUGCUGGUGCCAUUAUGGCACUGACUAAUGGAUGGGGUGCAGUUAUUGGAAUUAUUACUCCAUACAUGAUAGGCGUGCUUACACCAAACCGAACAAUAUUAGAAUGGCGAAAUGUAUUUUAUAUCUCAUGUGGAUUUCUUGUAGUGACAAACAUAAUUUACGUCAUUUGGGGAUCUGCUGAGAAACAGCCGUGGGAUGAUCCAUUGUAUAAGAAGCCGAAGGACGUUGAAAAUUCAGAAAAGAAAGACAAAGCUGAAGAAAAGUUUUAAAGAUUUCUUAGAAAAUGUUUUGUUUAAUUUCGGGUUGUCGAAACUAGUUUUCAGGCUAAAACUUAUUAUUUUUUUAAAUUGUUGAUAAAGUAGGGUUUUAAAAAAAAUCAAACAUUUUGAAUCAAGAAUUUGCAUUCAUUAAAAAC